AUGACGCCCGUGUCUGGACGUGUGUUCGAGAUCCAGGCCAAAUUGAAGGAACAGAAGGAUGCCAAGAAGAAUUCGAAGGACCCCUCCAAACUCCUUGCAGGAGAUGAGCGCAAACCACCAAAAAAGGUGUCAAAGGCAAAAGCAAAAUCAAAAGCAAAGGCAUCGUCUAAAAGCACAGCUGCAGGCGAGGUGGAAGACGACAAAGGCAAAACAGAAAGGGAGAUCCAUGUGCUGAGUUUGGGCGGUACUUUGCUUACUCGUGAGAAGUACUUCAUUGACUGCCUGGUCAUGUGUGCUCGCAGUGCUGUGCGAGCAGCGCGACAGAGACUUGCAGUAGCAAUCCCGGAAGCCGUCCAAUCAGCCGAACUAGACUGCGGUCAUUUGGUUUACACAGACAUGGAACUUGUGCUGUUGAUGGAUGUCGUUCGACGGGGGCUAGUCUUCGCCAACAGUGGAGAAACAAUGCUGAUGAAGAAGGUCCACAAGAAGUGGUCUUCGUUCCGCCCAGCACUGCAAGCUCAUUUGAUGCAGUCGUACGAGAAGGAGAUGAUCGCUCAACGAACAGUGGUGACAAGUGCGGGCGGUAAGAACUCAGACGCGCAACUUAUCGCAAGUUUGUCAGCUACCUUGGUGCAACCGGCAUCUUCGACCUCAGUGGAGUCAUCAAAAAGUGAGAUGUCAGCCAUUGUGGAAGCGAGGAAAUCCAAGGUACUUGAACCACUACUUCCUUCAUUGUUUGCAUGGGUUCAAGCAGAGCAGGCAGCUACGAAGGCAGCCAGCCCAUUGGAAGAUGAUGCGACCAAGCACAUGACCUUCUCCAAGAUCCUUGCGAGCUGGCAGACAAUGUGCAGCUGUGGCGAACAGAGGACAAAUAGCGAUUGUUGCAUUGUUCACCAACCCCGGGCGGACAUCAUGGACGUCGUGUUCGGGAUUUGCAAUCUGGUAUGCGCAGAAGUGCCUGCUGCAGUCGUUGCAACAGGACAAAUCCUCGCGGAUUAUACCUACACGACUUGGGGAGAAGUGCAUCCAGCAUUGCGGGAGCAUGAUCAGCAAGAAUUCGUGCAGAAGGCUUUCAGUUGCAAAGCGAUUGCGGGCCUAUCUGUGUUACGGAAAGUCUACAUCACAGAGGCUUGUCUUCAUGCGCUCUCGGGCCGUCUCGAGGUUGCAGAUGACCAACUGCGACGAUGGGUGAAAGAUAGUGAUAUCGUUUUGGCCAAGAUGGACAAUUUGUGUGGCAUUGCUGAAUGUGACACACUGAGCGCAGGCUAUGGUGUUUCAUUCAUGCAGAUCGUGAAGAAUGGAUCUGUUGCAUUGUCUGACAUUGCGGAUGUUGCGCAGCAGCCGGGUGCCUCUGGAGGGGCAUCCAGUGCCAGCGCACCGCAGAACAAGGUGGACACACAGCUGAGCAAGUCAGCACGCAGCGGUGCUGCAGAUGACUGCAGCAGAUUGAUUUCACAGAAGCAGCUGAGCAAGCUUGAUGUGCCGGCGACCAAUGACGGCGAUUCCCAAGGCAUCGGUGACUUGCUGAAGUCCACAGAAGCAAUGCAUGACCUUCGUUUGUCUUUGGCCUCAGACAUGAUGACGACUGCAAGGAGCGUGUGA